AUCACCCAUAUCUGUGCCACAGGUAUUACCUUUUCUCAAAGGGUAAUUAAUUCCUCCACCAAAGACCUCUUUUACCAUUAACAGUGCAAAAAUGAUUUGCUGUAUAGCCUUCAGCUGGAGGCAGAGGUAAAAAUGGGAGAGACUAUGGACUUAUCAGUUCCUUUUUCCUGCAAGAGCAAAGUCAACAAGAGCCUGCUUCUGUUUCUUAAGUGCUGUAGAUUUGUUAACUGUGCCAUUAGUUUUGGAGAACACCUGUUUUAAUCAAGUUUAUCCGAGGUAUAUUACACUUUUAUUAAAAAUGAAACAUACCAAUUUGCUGACAUACACAGACUAUCCUUUGAAUGAGUUCUGGCAGGAUUUUAAGGCUUGAGCACCCUUAAGGCUAACUUGGUUUCAGUUACUUCUCUAAGACAUAGCAAUAGUUUAAAAAAAACAUUCAUAGGCUUUGUGUCAUGCUAGGAAGCAGAAAAAAACCUGAAGUUAUGAGCGUCACUCUCAAAACCAAAUCCAGCGGUCAGCAACUUCAGCAUGCAGCAUGUGUCAUAAGACAUAACAUCAUCUAUCACAGAGGGUGCCGGCUUGUGAUGUCUGUCUGCUGUGGCGUUGUGCCUUCUCUGGAUGUUGAAGUCCAGCUACACACAGGUACCGGCACUGACAGUGUCUCAUCACGUAGGAACAAAAGAAGAAUUCAAGUGUAAAGUCAGAGAAAUAAAACACUGUAUCUGUGUCCGCAAUGGUUUGAGCAAAAGUGCUUCCACAUCUCAUACGAAAAGAUUAAGAUGCUCACACAGAGGAAGAAUGCGUGUAAUCCCUAGUUACUCAGAACGAGCCUGUGUCACAAAGAGGAAAAGCAGCCUAAUUUAAAUGUGAAUGAGGACUUCCGUAAAUGCUUGGAAGUUAUUGUGGAUUCUCUAUGGGUUUUGAGCACAUUUGAAGGCUACCAAAUGGGAUAAACAACUGAUGGGCCUGUAUGAGACUGUGAACUAGCCGGGUCAGCUCAACUCAGACACAAUGGAGGUGAAUUACAACACAGACAGGCUGGGAGCAACCACCGAGAGCUGGGAAAGGUUAUAUUAAAACCUCUCAGAUCUGAAUAGAGGGAUUGCUUCUGGUCAUAAAAAGAGGCUGCACAUUGUGCUGUCUCUUGUGCUGAGAGCUAACUGCAGGAAUAACCGUUGCUAUGAAGCUGUGCACCUGCUGGUUUCACCAUCUCUCCACUGCUGAACUCAACUCUGCUGUUAGAGGUUGAUGGAAAAGGAGUGGCGUGGUGUUCCGUGUUCCUGGUUGCAGCUCAGCAAUGUCCUGCCUAGUGAGAGGCCAUCGUAGUGCCCCCACCGCGGGAAGCCGGCGGCUGCGCACUCCCCGGGUGCCACACUGGGCCGAGACUGCGGUGCCUGCUCCUCUCGGGGCUCUCUUCGGAUGAUGGGGGCGGCUUGACUGGUGUUGACCGUAAAAGGCCAUAGGUUUAAAAAACUCCGUUGCAACACACUAAAAAAAAUUCCUAGUCUGAAGAUGUUUUUAGCCUGUUCUCCAUUAUGUUUCAAGUUAGCUGGUUUGUGUACCGUUAGGAACUAAUCUGUGACACACGACUCACCCAAAGACCCAGUCUACCGCAAAUGAAAUUCUACCUGGACAAGAGCUAUGAUGCAUUAUCCCAUCUUAGCAGAAAAAGUAGAAUUGUAGAGACUUGUUGAGAAAAGAUCUGAAGAAUUGUUUAAAGAAAUUUUACAGAAGAGUGACAGGUGCAUAACUUGUGGAAGAGAACUUAGGAUGUACAGUCUGCUGCUGCAGCGGAUGGGAAGACGCGUCUGCCUGAGAAGGGGAUUGGUCCCGCAGGAAGGGAUGUGCCUUCCCUCCUGUGUGUCCCCAGCGCUCAGACUGCAGCGCGGCACCUCAGCUGUUCCCCGCAAAGCCUGCAGAAGGGCAGCAGCUCCUCAGCUGCUUCAGCAUGAGGAGUAAGAGCUCCGUAUUUGAUGACCACAAGUGCAAGUGCUCAUUUCCCUGUCCUGAAGGAAGUGAAGCAGUGUCAGCAGUUACAGAUCGGCUGUUCAAACUGGUAUGCUGUGUUACCCAAAUCUGUUUCCUCAUCAGAGCGGCAGACAGUUGUAGUUAGGAUUCAAGGCUUUUUCUUCUACCAGCACCGCUUAGGUUUUAUUUUGUUUCCUCAAGCACUGGACACAUUCCUGCCAAUCUCUGGGUUAUUAUUUAAUUUGGACGGAGCAUAUAUAAGACUGAACAGAUGGCUGAAAGCAGUCAAGGGAAGACCGUAACAUGUUCCUUGUGCUUUGCCUCAUUUCAACCAAGCAAUGUCAUGGGUGUUUGCCCCCAUUGCAACCAAAAUCCCGUGUGUUCUGGGGGUGUGUUACCAGAGACGUCUGAGCAAGCAGCCAGUGACAGCACAGCCCCCCUGGAUGCCUCAUUGCCUCCCCUGUUGAAAGAAUCAGUUUCUAUGGAGGAGGUAAGCAAGUUGGAAUGGGACCUGCCAUGUUCUCCUGUUUAUUUAUGAGAUGCCAAAAUUGGAGCUAAGAGAACCUUACAGAAAAAUAUUCACACAAGCAACUUGCAGCCAUAGUGCAGAAGUCAGAAUUCCUCAUACACGAAUAAGUGAUGGAGCUGCUAUUCAGGAAAUCUAUUCCUUUGGAAGGAAACUAGGACAAGGCAGCUUUGGGGUGGUAAUUGAAGUGAAACACAAAGACACUGGCAAAAAAUGGGCCAUUAAAAAAGUGAACAGAAAAAAGGCUGGAAGCUCUGCUAUGAAAUUACUUGAACGAGAGGUGAGCAUCUUAAAGAGAGUGAACCAUGACCAUAUAAUACACUUAGAAGAGGUGUUUGAGACCCCAAAGCGGAUGUAUCUUGUAAUGGAGCUGUGUGAGGAUGGAGAACUUAAAAAAAUUCUUUAUAGUAAAGGACACUUUACAGAAAAUGAGACAAGGCACAUCAUUCAGAGUCUUGCUUCAGCAAUAGCAUAUCUUCAUAAAAAAGAUAUUGUUCACAGAGAUCUAAAACUGGAAAACAUUUUAGUUAAAAGCAGUGACGUCGAUGAAGCAAAUGAAAUGAAAUUAAACAUAAAGGUGACUGACUUUGGGUUAGCUGUGCAAAAGGCUGGUGGUAGUGUGUUUCAGUCUGUUUGUGGGACUCCUAUAUACAUGGCCCCUGAAGUUAUCAGUGCCCAUGACUACAGCCAACAGUGUGACAUUUGGAGCAUAGGUGUCAUUAUGUACAUGCUACUGUGUGGCGAGCCUCCUUUUGUAGCAAGCUUAGAAGAAAAGCUUUUUGAACUAAUAAGAAAGGGAGACCUGUCCUUUAAAAAUACAGUUUGGGAAACAGUUAGUGAGGCUGCAAAACAAGUAUUGAGACUACUACUGAGAGUAGAUCCUGCUCACCGAAUCACAGCUAACGAAUUACUUGAUAACCAGUGGAUAACAGGUGACACACAUGCUGUCCAGAGACCAUGUAACGUCUUGGAGUUGAUGAAGGAAUGGAAUAAUAAUCUGGACAUUGGCGAAGUAUGCAGUGUAGAAGAAGAAUCAAAUAACCCAGCUACUGCAUGCCAACAGAAUGAAAUCAGUGAAGCACAAGAAAGCCCUACCAGGAACAAUGGUAACAUAAAACUCGGUGCAGAAGCUGACACACAGAAUGGGGUCAAUAAAUCCUCCACAGCAGUGAAACAGAUCAGCAAGAAAAAAAGUAGCGUACCUGUUUUACCAAAUGGAACGCUUAGAAAGAAGACUAUGACCCUCAAGACUUCCAGUGCUUCCCCUGCGGGUAGAUCAACAUCUCCAGUAUCAAUUUCAAAGUGGAAUCUGGAGUGCCAAGAGAAGAGGGGAGAAUUGGACAAGUCCAUAGGGCCUUCAACCCAGGGACUGGGAAAUAAAAACGUACAGAAGCCUGCUGUCGCACUCAGAACCAAAAAGAAAUCAUAGGAUAUCCAUCAGCUCUGAACGACUUCAGAGUAAACAACUAUUACUUGUGCCAAAAUGAGCAGAAUUUAUAGGGACGGACAAAUAUAUCCUGAACUGUUUGUCUUUUUACUUUCCUGGACCCUUUAAUCAGAAAGCUUUAGCUUUCCUUUAACACUGAAGAAAAUCUAACAGCAGUGUGAACUCCUAACCUGUAAGAGGACAUCCACUGAUAGUAUUUUUGUCAGAGUGCAAAUUAUAGAAUUGUCUAAAAAUGUAUGUAAUUUAUUUGUUCUCUACUAACAGGCACCAUGCCAGGUAGGCAGUUUGCUUUCACAAAUCCAUUUUCCUGUGUUUUACUUGCAUUUACUUUCUUUAGUUUUGUCACAAACAUUUAAGGGGAAAAAUGAGGCCAGAAUCUGUAAUAGGGAUUCCUGAUAACUGUGUGCUUUACACUAUGAGAAUAUUCUAGGAAAUUGCUUAUAAAUUUGCUCUAGGCAUUACGGAACAAGUGCUUCAGUCUGGAAUUUGUUCCUGCUAUUUUAGGUUGCUGUCAAUUGCUUAUUUUUAAGCAGAACUUAUUUUAAGCUUGACAAAUGGGAGAUGUAUUUUUAAGUGCAAUGGAAUUGCUAUGGUUCUCGCUACUGAAUUUCUGGUGUGUUGAUUAAGUUCUUUAAAUAAAACAGGUGUUAGAAUAAUGGCCUUUACAAGUUAGUUAAUCUUCAUUUUCAAAAGGAUGAGCUACUGUUAAGCUUAGGUUUAUUAUACAUAUAUAUAAAAUACAAUGUGAUUUUCUGUUCCAAAGACAAUGCCAUUCUCUGAAGACAGAUCUUAUUGGUAGACUGGCAUUGCGGUGCAUUAUGUGAGCAAAAUGUACCCGCUCUUAGUUGGUUAGGAACAAUUUCCUUCAAUAUAUGUACAUUCUGGGUUACGUAUUAUUCGAGUAAUUCUGCUGAGAACAUCAGUCUGAGGAGACACCAACUGCUCAGAUCUCUUCCUUUCUCCACAGUAAUCGUAAUUCCUCUUACAGUUGUUACAGCCUUGAUUUCAUUUAAGGGUGAAGUAAUUUUAUUAAAAAGCCAAAUUCUUUCUUUGCAGGUACCUAAAAACUUGGAAAGAUCUUAUUUACAAUAAACUAAUUAAGAGCUUUUUGACAUCAUGUAAUAUUAAAAGGGUAAUACAUCA